AUGCAUGAAGAUGGACAUAACCGUCUAAUGCUAUCGAAUAAUGAUGAUGAUGACUCGAUAAACACCUUCUUCUUAUGCGGAUACUGUGGAUUAUUGUUUGACGAUGACAACGAAGGUCAAAGACACGAGAGUGAACACGGACUUCAUCAUGACGGUGUAAAGGGGGCAACAUCCCACUCAAAAAAUAACAAGGAUCAAGAACAUCAUUGCCACCACUGUGAUAAAGUAAUGAGCAAUGAACAAGACCUGAUGUGUCACGAAUUAGCUCAUGAUUUGGAUCAAAUGGAUUACAGCGGUAAAGGUCCAUGGUCCCCGUUGAUUCCCAAUUCAACAUGUGAACCUAUGGAAGAGGAUCAUGUUGCAGAUCAAGAAAUGACUCCUGAUUCCAUGGAAACCGAUGAAGCAUCAACCUCUACAAGAACCAACACAUAUCAGAUUGGUUUUGGCGGUGUGAAAAAAAUACCAUAUACCAUUCAAAAAGUAGGAGAACGAACUAUAAUGAAAAAUAAUGCUAUCGAUAUAAACUACAAUAUUCGAUUAAAUGCAGAAAACCCUGAACAAGGAAUGAGGCUGACUGAUCUGCUUCGUGAAUUAGAAGAUAUGUUUGACAACAUUCUCAAUGAAACAGCUCGACGACUUGACCUUUUUUUGGAUCUUGGACGAGUCAUCAUUCAUCACAUGGGAUUGUACAAUCCUGUUUGUCAGUGCCACUACUGGUAA